UCUUGAAAUAUGGAUUUAAUUUGAGUUUUUUUUGUUUUACAACACACAAAAACGAUUCAAGGGAUAACGAUGCCAUCUGAUUCAGGUAUUAAAACGUUCGUUAAUAACAAACAACUUAAAAAAAAACAGUAAAAGGAUCAUCAGAUGUUGGAAUAUUUGAAAAGUCGCUAAAAGAAGCCGUUCCUGACGAAACCUAGAAAUUGGUAUCAGCCCUGACUGUCUGAAUAGCUACAUUGUACCUCAGCAGUUUUUAUUUAACGGUUAAGAAACAAAAUGGAGAAGAUUAUGAAUGGCAGCGGACGGGCGGUCAGCAUCCAAAACAUGUCUGCCCUAUAAUUCAGUUUUCGUCGGCUCUUCACCAAACUUGCUGACAAUGUUUGUGGGCAUUACAUCUCGGCCACUUUCGAUAACCAGCAAAGUUGUACUAGCCACUCUUAUAGUCCUUGAAUUACUCGAAAAACGGGGAAUUUAGCCUUGUCCGCUCUUUUAAGUCGAACAGUUUUCAUCCGAUCUUCACCAAACUUGCUGACAAUAUUUGUGGGCAUAAUAUCUCAGCCAAGUAUUACUACCACCCAAAUCGCCAAAUGGCUGUUGUAGGGAGGUUGCACCAUAUACUUUUUUAAUGAUGAUACGCAGAAAAAAGCAGCAUUCUAUAAAUUACGUAUAUUACGUAUGAAGUGAAAUAAAUACAGAAUAAAAAGGUUAUUUAAGGUCUAACAUUGUUCUGUAUAAUAUAUAGUUGCACUCAUACCAAACUGGGAAAAACUAGAAAAGGCAGGAAUACAAUAUUCAGUGAAACAUUUUUAAUUUAAACUAUUAUUAUAGUAAGAUAAAAUAGAUAUAGAAUAAAAAGGUUAUUUAACAUUGUACUGUACAAUACGAGAUAUAUUUGGACUCGUACCCAGCUGCGAAAGCCAUAUUGAACUCGCCUAGCGGCUCGUCCAAUAUGGUUUUCUCAGCUAGGUACUCGUCCAAAUAUAUCUCCGUAUUGUACAGAACAAUGUUAAAUAACCUAAUAGUAUAUCUACUUCAACUUCGACGCUGUGCAUUCAACCACCAAAUAAUGUUUUACUCUUAAUAAUUAUGACUUAACAUGAGUAGUCAUAUAAUAGCAGUGUAUAAUAUUUUGUAUUUGUCGUAAAAUUAGAUGACUUAUGAUAUAUGAAGAACGAAUACCAUUAAUUUAUGAUGCGAAUCGAAUAUUUUCGCACUGGUGAUUUGAAAUCCUGGUUUUUCUGUCGGCAGUUAAUUUGAUUGGAUAUUCAGAUUGUGAAAUAUUACUCAUUUUAUAAAUAUAGGAUUGAUGUUAUAUUUCGAUUUACGAUAUGAUAUAUAUAAAUACUUGGACUUCUUGAUUAUUUUAUUAAUUCUGUUUGUAUUGUAAUCUUACAAUGGAUAAUCUUACAAGUCGGUGUCUUAUUACAAUUAUUUUAUUCCAGCUUACAAUAUUAGCAGGAGAGGCAUACCUUAUAAACAGAAAAAGAACGGGAUAUCUGGACAAGGAAGUUGACAAGGCAGAGGGCGAGUAUAACGACGCAGAAACGAAGCAGAGAAGGUUUAUCUCUGAAGAUGGAAAUGGAUUGCAGCAGGAGAAAAGGGCGAGAGAAGCAGUUGGUGAAGAAAUUGAAGAAUUGUUGAAUAUCUUUAAAGCUGCGAGCAGAUUUAAUUUAGACAGAAUUAAUGAUCAUGCGAACAGGGUAAACAAAAGAGGUUGGUGGUUUUGUCCAUGGUGCGAUGGCAGCAAACUUAUCAUCUAUGUUGCAGAACUGCUAGACUGUAAGUGUCAAACUGGCUUGAAAAUUACGUGCAAAUGUCCAGAUGGGAAAGUUCGAACUAAUGACAGAAAUCAUCAAACUGAAAUAGAUGGAUAUGAUCGAACUGAAAUGUGACAAUUCACGUGAUUUACAUAGAUAUUAAAUCAAACAUAUUUAAGUUGGAAGCAGACUACGGUGGAUUGUAGAUUUUACCUGUUUGUCUUUUCCCCCCAAAACUUUUGCAGUUCGACAGUCAGACAUAUUCAUCAAUGAACAAUAAUGUUUUGUCUUUUUUUCAAAAAAAAAUGCAAUUUAACUGUCAGAUAAUUAUAUUCUUUAAUAAAAAUAAUAAAAUGUUUGUGAAUAUGGUACAAAAAUAAAGUAUUCAUACAAUUUGUGUAGUAAUUUUCAUAACAUUAAUCUUUUUGCGAGGGUCACUAUAAUUUACUGCUGAUGGAUAACUGAAACUUUUUUAAUGAAAUUUAUUGUGUUCCUUGAAUAAAGGCGGAAAUCUUA